AUGGCUUGGCUUAAAAAUUGCACUCAUAAUCUACGGACUAGACGAGGACGUUUCCUUGUAUUAGCGGGAAUAACUAUACUGAUUGCAGCAAUCAUUGUAGCUAUCGUAGUUUCUGUUACUGAUUCUAAAUCUCAAUCGAAAUCUGAUCUUAAUAUAACACAAUCAUCUAUUCCAUCUACAUUCAAUGCCACCUAUAUAUCAGUUAAUUCAUUUAUUCAAUCAUUGAAUGAACUUAAUUUGAAUUCAAGUGAUCUGGCACAAUUAGCACGUAGUUUUGAGUAUGGUCUUAAUUUAAGUGUACAAAAUGUAUUACAAAUUCGUACUAUCGAUUUAAAAGCACCAGUAGAAAAAAUAUCGAAAACUCGACGUAAACGAGCUGUACAAUGUGAUCAAAAUGUAGGUAAUGUGAAUGGAUCUGCACUUAUGUUUGAUUUUAAUCUUAUUUAUCCUCCUAAUAAUACAUGUCAAAGUCAACAAUGUAUUACUCAAAUGUUUACUACAAUUUAUCAACGUUUUCGAUCUACUCUAUCAUUUCUAAUCAAUUUUCAAAAUAAACAACAAACAUUCGAUUUAUGUUCCAUUACUCCAUUAUCUGUAUCAGCUGAUCAAUCAUCAGGGCAAAUUCCAACAUCCGUAAUAAAUAUUACAAGUACACCAGUAUUUACAACUAUAUCUUCAACAACUGACAGACCUAAUACAACUACACCAAACUUUUCAUCUACUGAAACGUUUAAUACAACUAUAUCAUCUACAACAGAGCCAGUACUUUCUACAGAAAGAUCAAAUUUGACAUCAAACGCAACUAUUCCUGAUAUUGAUAUUUGUUUAAGAAAACUACCGAUUAUACAAGAACAAACAGCUCCGUAUAGAAUUUCGUAUACAAGUACAUUAUUUUUUCAAGAUGAACAUACACUUAUCGUUGUUGGAGCAUCGAAAUUCGAAACUUUUCUUGAUAUGCAAACAAUAGACAGAUAUAUUAUCAUUGAUGGUGUUAUGGUAUAUAAUAAUUGUCAACGAGUAAUUGAUACUUCAUUAUCAAUGAUAAUGUAA